CUCGGUGUUCUGAGUCUCGGUCCUUUUGCUUUCUUCUCCGUCAGACCAGACCAGGCUGACUGAAAAAUUCUCAGCCAACGCUUUAACUUUAAACUGAAAUUUCACAGAGAGAGAGAGAGAGAGAGGGAGAGAAAGGGAAUUAGAUUGAGCUUCUGAGCUUUGUUUUGAGAUUUCUAUACAACAAAAACGAGCUCUGUGUGGUUUGGAUCGGCAAUGAACUGCAAUGAAGGAGAAGGAGGAGACUCUAUGAAUACGGAGGAGCGCAGAGAAGCUUUGGUUUAUAUGUGUGGAUAUCUUCCCGGAGUUUCGCCGGAGAAAUCUCCGGUACUGUCCCUGGCGCAGGUGCGGUUUCCGAAUCGGAUGGACGGUGGAGAUUCGUGGAAGGACGUCUGCGGAGGCGGUUGUGGAUUCGCCAUGGCCAUCUCAGAGUGUGGGAAGCUUAUAACUUGGGGUUCGGCGGACGAUGAAGGGCAGAGCUAUCUGGUUUCUGGGAAGCAUGGGGUAAUGCAUGAGGCUUCACUACUCAAGGCUGCUGCUGGUUGGGCCCAUUGCGUUUCUGUCACAGAGCCUGGGGAUGUAUACUCAUGGGGAUGGAAGGAGUGUGUUCCGUCUGGGAAGCUUAUCCAUGAUUUGGCUAUGGUGGGAAUUCCUCAAACAGAUACCAUAGGGAAUCAAAGUUCAUCACCAGCUGAGCAAGUAAGCCCAAUGCCUCAAGGCUUCAAUUUGACUAGUGGGACAGUAUCUCAUCUUGACAGCAAAAGGGCUGGAGAGGAAGUUGCAAAGCGGAGGAAAGUUUCAUCACCUAAACUUGAAUCUGAAACCUUAACAGGUGGUGAUGAUUUCUUCACUUUGUCGCCUUGUCUUGUAACUCUGGGUCCUGGAGUAAGGAUCACCAGUGUUGCAGCUGGUGGACGCCACACUUUAGCUUUGUCAGAUAUGGGACAGGUGUGGGGUUGGGGCUAUGGAGGCGAAGGACAGCUAGGUUUGGGUACCCGGGUAAAGAUGGUCUCUUCUCCUCAUGUCAUACCCUGUAUUGAGCCAUCUUCUUCUGGAAAGGAUAGGGCUUCUGCGGUAUCUCAAGGCACAAAAGUUCCUGGAAGUUAUGUCAAGGAGAUUGCUUGUGGUGGUCGACACAGUGUGGUAGUAACAGAUGCUGGAGCACUGCUUACUUUUGGCUGGGGACUCUAUGGACAGUGUGGGCAAGGGAAUACAAAGGAUCAACUAAGACCAAGUUAUGUGAAUUCAUUGUCCAAUUCUAGAGUGAAAACCAUCUCUGCCGGACUGUGGCAUACUCUAUGUAUAUCUGUUGAUGGUCGUGUACAUGCUUUUGGGGGGAAUCAGUUCGGACAGCUGGGAACAGGUGCCGAUGAGGCUGAGACUCUACCUAGGCCAUUAGAAUCUCCGAGUUUGGAAAGCAAGCAUGCCAAAGUGGUCUCCUGUGGGGCACGCCAUAGUGCCAUACUAACGGAAGACGGCCAAUUAUUUAGUUGGGGGUGGAACAAGUAUGGCCAACUUGGCCUGGGUGAUUCUGUGGACAGGAACCUUCCUUCUCAAGUUUCUACAGACGGUUGCUUACCUAAAAAUAUUGCAUGUGGCUGGUGGCACACGCUACUGCUUGCUGAAAGACCCGCUUGAAUCUGUGUUAAUCAAUGACAGUGACAGAAACGGAAUGACUUAUUAGGAUAUGACUGCUUCAGAUAAUCUGCCUUCUUAAGUUCUUGAAUGCACAUAUCGUCCUGUUUAUGCAUAAUGUACAUUCUUUUUUAUGUGUGUGCUUGAACAGAGCCAUGUGUUCCAUUCUUUGUAGAUUUUAGAAGCUAAUUUUCUUCCGACAGCAAAUUGCAGAAAGUUCUGUCUGGGGUUAUUUUUUGGGUUGAAAUUCUGUCUGGUUCGUACACAAACAUUAACUACUUGUACUGAUACUAUACAUUCCGACAAAGACAUUAUGCUUCUUAGGUCUUGUCA